AAAAAUGUCAAAUUUUAGGUCAGAUACUAGCAGCACUGGUACGUAUUUUAAGUUUUCCUAGAAUGAAUAUGAAUUCUUACGUGGAUUAUUGUGAACUGUCAUAUGAACAGCGCGAAAAUAAUCCAAACAUUCCGAGUUUUAGUCCUUUUCCAUGGUAUCGGCAAUGGUUUUCAUCAAGCAGUAAUAGGUUCUUAAUAUUAAACACAGAUUUUCUCUAGCAUUUCCUUUAGACUCUCUCAUAAGACACCCUUGCCGCAAAUAUGGUUGUUAUAAUACUUUGUAUAUGGUUACAGAUCAUCAUUACUGGUAGUUUAAUUUCGAACAGUCAAUACUCUCCGUGUCUGUAGACCAUACUUGUUGCAGUCCUUGCCCGCUUGUUCUACGGGUAGAAUAAUCAAUCAUUCUUCCCCAUCCCUCUCUCAAGAAAGAUAAAAUUAGUUUUUGAGUUUUUCCAGUCGAAAGUCACUCCAUGAGUGAUUUAACGGUGUAAUAACGUUACCUACCUUAUGAACAUCCAGAGGCCAGCAGUGUUUGGCGAUCGUUUUUUUAUAGUGUAUAAGAUUCAUGAUAACAAUUGCAGUAAGACUUGCUUUUGGAACCCAGUUGAAUCAACUAAAAUGUGACCACCUAAACUUCUCUUCAUUACCGGAACUUUUUGUAAAGGUGAAAAGAUUGUGGUCGUAACGCUGGGUUUUGUCGUAGUGAGUGUUUUCAAACAGUGCUUUCAGUUUACUAGUGUUGUAUAUGAGGCAUAAUUCUUCCAUAAGUUGUGAAAACACUGAUUUUAAAGGAACAAGAUAUUUAUUAGUAAAAAAUUUUAUUUAAAAUGUAUUUUCUAUGAAACGAGUGUUUGCCUUGAUGUUGUACGUACGUUAGCCGACACUAUUCUAAUCUGAGAGAAUUGUUUUAUUAUAAUCGAAAGAAGUCACUAAAUAGAAGUUAUAUUGAAGAUUAGAAUUAAAAAAAGCUAUUAUAGAAAGCUCGUGUGUGGUUUUAUAAGCAGAUUAUUGCAAGCACCUAAGUGUAAACAUGUUAGAAACAUGCGAGGAGCAAUCCGUGAAUCGAUCAUGAGAAUGGGUGUAAACAAUCGUUAAUGAGAAUGUGUGUAAACAUGCGAGAAGCAAUUCGUGAAUCAUUAAUGAGAAUGCGUGUUUCCCAUCCAUUCCUAAUGAUACAACGGCUGGCUGUUCAAAGCCUCUCGAUCUUUCAGUUUCACGAAAUGAGCCGUGCCUCAGGUGGUAUGUAUGUCCUGUGCAUGUGUAUGACUUUGAAAAGACCAUGUUUCAUGUACUACACUUUUGCGUUAAGCUUUGUUAUUGUUGUUAUUAUUAUUAAUGUUAUUUUUAUCAUUAUUAUUAUUAUUAGUCAUUUAUUUUGUUUUUUUGAACUAGCAAAUUUUACUCUUUACUUCCUGAUUCUUACAAACUGCAUUUGGGUAUUAAACCUAAAGGUGAUUUUCAAUUUUCUCUCAGUCUGUGCUAAGCUCCCCUCUCGUCACUGUAGGCCUCAAUGCAGACGAUCGUAAAAUAUGACGAGCGAAAAUGGGCGAUGUGCACCCUGACCGUCGCCGCCCUUCUCUCGCCCGCUUUUCGAUCGUCUCUACCAAGGAGAGCAAUGACUGGAGUGGGCAAAUAGAUAAUAAUAACCACCCAACAAUCAAGACGAAACCAUUUGUAGUUGAAUUACAGGCUUCCUGGCCUUGACAAAGAGACCUGCUGAAUGAACCAGCAAACAGCUUAAACGGGCUUUUCGAAAUGGUGAUCAGAAACCUUUUCAAUCGUUCGCUUCUUACCCUACUCAUGGUUAGACUUUCUCAUCAAACCGCCUCCUUUUGUCCUUUACCAAAUACUUCACUGGAUACCAGGGAUUCGGGUGCUUGGUAGCCAGGCCAGGAUGAGUAGCUCAGAAGAAUUGUCACAGUAUGAGGAAACAUCAACUAAAACGUCCAAAUCUUUGCAACAUAGUGAUAUAUCGGUGAUUCCACGAGAUAUGUACGGUUUGUAUGGAGUGCAUGUGAGCAAUCUUCCCUCGGACAUCUCUGAGAAACUUCUCCACAAGACGUUCUCUUCUGUUGGUAAAGUAGCUGUUUGUAAAGUUAUGGAUCCAAAGACGCGUCCGGGAAGUCCUUUUCCUACUUACGCAUUUGUCAAAUUUUCAAGCAGAGAAGAAGCCUUUGAUGCAUUGUCAAAGUUUAAUGGUUACACACUCAAUGAUAGCAUCUUGGCUGUCAGACCUGCUUAUAUUUCCGAAAGAAUUAAAAAGUUUCAACCACAGAAACAUCGCCGCACGGACAGGAUUUCUAACAAAAGCGAAAUUAAUGGAAAUGCUGAUAGAGAGAAAGAAACUCCGAAAUCUUAUGUGAUGAAUUCGUCUGACUGCCGAUUGAGGGAUGGCAGGCUGCAAGAAGGUGAUGUUAUUGUAUAUAAUGGAACUUUCAUUAAAUCGUCUCCAACGAAGGGAUAUACCGGACAAGAAGUGGCUCCGCGGUUUAGAAAAAGUUCCUCACUCGAUGAUGCUUUAGAUAACUCAGAAAAAUUUCAAGUCGUUUCACCAGAGGUACCAUCUAAUUCAGCAAUUCAAGCACACCAAAAAUCAAAUGAUGAUCGAUCAGGAAUUUCUGUUGAACAAACAUCAGACAACACUGACAGCCGUUCAAACACAUCUUCAUCAGCAUUUCAUUUAUAUCAAGGGUCAUCGGGAAUGCAAAAGCGUUUACAAACCACUGGUAACGUUCAACAUCAUAGACCAGUGAAGAAUGGAUUUACACAAAUGAACUCAGAUCUUUCACAUCUGCGACUUUCUCCCUCAAGUCAUUGUAGUUCAGAAAAUUACCAUCAGGGAGGUGAAGCUUUGUCAAGGAGGGAUGAUGUACACCAAGGUGCACCUGUUUGGAUUCCAUCUCCACCUGGAAAUAUUGGAGUUACUUUCUCCAGCAAUAGAAACAAGCCAGCUAAUAGCCCAAGGAGGAGCUGCCUAUCGAGUUCCAGUGUAGCUACCUGGAGCACUACAGAUGUGGUGCAAUUCUUUUGUAAUACUGACUGUGCUGAGUAUGCAGGAUUCUUUCAAGAGCAGGAGAUUGACGGCAGGGCUCUGAUGUUGUUAAAUCGCGAUACAUUGUUGCAGUUUUUUAAAGUUGGACCGACACUUAAAAUUCUACAGCAGAUAGAUGAGUUGAGAUCAAAAGGUUAAUCACUUGUCACUUGUGUGAAAAAUUUUGUGGCUUCCCUUGGACAAUUUGGAUUUGUUUUUCUAACUUCCUACUGAAGACCAAUCUGGUUGUGGAUGCAGUUUUAUUGAUCCUGUUAAACUGCUGACAAGAUGGGGUCUCUACAGUGUUCAAUACACAAGACUUGGAAAGUCAUGAAAUUUUGCAGCAUCAUUUUCCAGGCCUGACAAGAACAAGAAUUAGUGCAAGUCUUCCAAGUCCUUGAAAUUUACACUGUAACAUCAUUAUGUAUGUUCUCCAUACUGUUUUCUAUAAAUUUCCUAAGGUAAUUACAGGAGAAUUUGUUUAAUAUCAUUAUGUAUACCGCUAUUUGCCAUACUGUUUUCUAUACAUUUCCUAAAGAACUUACUGGGAAAAUUUGUUUAACAUCAUUAUGUAUAUU